CGAAAGUGAACGGAGAAAAUGAUCGGCUCAGGGAGAGAGAGCGAGUCAGCGGCGCGCGGGGCAGCAGGAUCACUCCGGGAUCGCCGUGUUCCAGCUCCGAUCUGAGCUCCUUCUGUCUGAUUAAACACCGCGCUUCCUCCGCCCCAGACCCCCGAGACAGAGGGAGAGAAAGAUAUAUAUAGGGAGAGAAACAGAAAAAAGAAAGAGGGGAGAAGGAAAAGGCGAGAGAAGGCGAGAGCGCGCUGCGCGUCCCCGAUGGCGAGCUGGAAGGACGGCGCGGUGCAGGAGAAGUACCGUCUCGUGGUGGUGGGCGGAGGAGGUGUGGGGAAAUCCGCAUUAACCAUCCAGUUCAUCCAGUCCUACUUUGUCACUGAUUAUGAUCCCACGAUUGAGGACUCAUACACUAAGCAGUGUGUGAUCGAUGAGAGACCGGCACGGCUUGACAUAUUGGACACAGCAGGACAGGAAGAGUUCGGGGCAAUGAGAGAACAAUACAUGAGGACAGGAGAGGGAUUCUUACUCGUCUUCUCUGUCACUGACCGGGGCAGCUUUGAGGAAAUCUACAAAUUCCAAAGACAGAUCCUGAGGGUGAAAGACCGGGACGAGUUUCCCAUGAUCCUUGUGGGCAACAAAGCUGAUCUAGAGCUGCAGAGACAGGUGAGUCAGGAUGAGGGUCAGCAGCUCGCUCGGCAACUCAAAGUCACCUACAUGGAGGCUUCAGCUAAAAUCCGCAUGAAUGUAGAUCAGGCUUUCCACGAACUCGUCCGUGUCAUCAGGAAGUUCCAGGAGCAGGACUGCCCGCCCUCACCGGAGCCAACACGUAAAGAGAAGGACAACAGCGGCUGCCACUGUGUGAUCGUCUGAUCGGCCUGUCACCAUCGCCACUCAUCCAGCUGCUAUCACCAAAACCCCGCCCCCUUCACCCUGCCUUCUGACAUCACAUCCUGUGCGGAUGAAUCGCUGUCUUUCUCACACACGUGCAUGUCUUCAAAAGAGAAUCGAUAAACACGCAGAGUAGCUCUCUGUCUCACUGAGACGUCGCGACUAGAAGAACCGAAUCGUGUUGGAGCAUUUCACCUCCGCCUCACCUUCACUGUACUGACAUCACAACACCCACAAUCGUGAGUAAUCUCACGCUCUUAACAGUCCCAACACAACACUACACGUCUCUUUUACUAAACAUAAAUGCUUUUUUGUAUUCCAAAAGCUUUUUGUUGCCUUACAGAGACUGAAACAUCACCAACAGACAACACAGGAAUGUUUAUGAGCUUUGUGUGGAGAUUUAUUUCGUGUCUUGUGCCACAUGUUUGUCUACAUUUGUGUGCUAAUUAACUACUGUACAUUACAUAAUCAGUUCAGUUUUUAUUAACAGAGCAGAGUUCACACAGAGCAGAGUUCACGCAGAGCGGUUUUCACAUAGAGCAGAGUUCACAUAGAGCAGAGUUCACACAGAGCAAAGUUCACACAGAGCAAAGUUCACACAGAGCAGAGUUCACACAGAGCAAAGUUCACACAGAGCAGAGUUCACACAGAGCAGAGUUUACACAGAGCAGUUUUCACAUAGAGCAGAGUUCACACAGAGCAGAGUUCACACAGAGCAGAGUUCACAUAGAGCGGUUUUCACACAGAGCAAAGUUCACAUAGAGCGGUUUUCACAUAGAGCAGUUUUCACACAGAGCAGAGUUCACAUAGAGCAGAGUUCACAUAGAGCAGUUUUCAAACAGAGCAGUUUUCAAACAGAGCAGAGUUCACAUAGAGCAGAGUUCACAUAGAGCAGUUUUUACACAGAGCAGAGUUCACAUAAAGCAGAGUUCACAUAGACAGUGUGACACACAAAUGUGUGUGCGAGUGCGAUGUCCAGGACAGAAAAACAAGCCUUAAAUUCACCUGUGAGUUUUUUCUGCUUCACCCUCUUUUCCUCCCUCACUCUGUCUCUCAUUCACUGAUGCUUUCUCUCUCUUUGACUCUCUCAGCCUCUCUGCCUCUCUUUCAUCCAACUUUCUCAAUCUCUCUGCAUCUCUCUAUCUCCCUUUCUUAAGCUUUUUGUCUCUCUAUCUCUCAAUCUUUUUGUCUCUCUCUGUCACUCUCUUACUCUUUCCCUCACUUUAUCUUCCAGCCUCUCCCUCACUGUCUGUCUCUCCUAUACUCUGUUUCUCUCUGUCUCUCCUUCAUUCUGCUGUUUCUGAUCAAAAUGUGAUUUUGAUGUGUUUUAGGUUUUUUGGUGUGUAAGUGUGUAUGAUCGUAUUUUCUCCCUGUGGACUCCGAAUCCUGCAUUCAGCUCUGAGCUUGUUUUUUUCCCUCACUCUGUUCUGACUCUCAGGUUCUCCUCUUCACAUUCUUGUUAUUGACUCACUGUUCCCUAACACUCUCACACACACAGACACAGACACACACACACACACACACACACACACACACACACACACACACACAUAGUGCCUCCACAUGGACCAUAACUGACAAAUUAUUGCCCAGAAGUCAAUAAACUGUUCAUUUUAUCUGGUCUUCAUUCAUUUGCAUUUGAAAUGACAAUAUUAGAUUUUUUUUCUGAUCAGAUUCUGUUUUUGGGUGUGUUUUUAUUUUGCUGUUAAUCCUGAAGCAGUUUCUUAAUUUACAGCACUGUGCAAAAGUCUUACACUGGAUUUGAUCUUUUUACAGGACAUUUAUGUGUAAGUCGAGUCUUCCUCAUUUCCGAACACGUGAGUGAUUGAAUGUUAGUGUAAUUGUUGUAGUGGUUCACAUUGUACAUAAAAGUUCAGCACACAAUCAAAAGAGAACAAACAGAGGAACCGUGUUGAAUCUCAGAAAACGUUCAGCUCAUUUUCUCCUAAAGCCUGCUGUCCUGCUUUUGGUUUGAGUCUUUUGUGAUGUAUUAUGAGAUCGUGAGUUUUCACUUCACAGAAUCUUUUGUCAGGCUUUUGCACAGUUCUGUACAUCGAUCUUGGUUUUGUUUCACAACAGUGUGUUCUGAUUUUUGAUUUUCAGGAUCAUGACUGAAUCCGUCAGUUUUUUUUUUUUGCCUCUCCUGUUUUGAUUCCACUUUACUUGUCUUCCUUUUUGCAUUCACGUGUUUCUGUAUGAGGGAUAAAACCUUUACUUUUAGUUUUUGUUCUGUUUGUUGUUUUCUCACACUGUAAUAUAAGAUUAAAAUACGAUGGAAGUGAUCCUCUGAAACAACACGAUUAAAUGUUUUUACUAUAUACUUUUAUAUGUUAUUUUCUUAUGCGACUAGUCAACAAGUAUUUUUCUAUGUUUGUAAGUGAAGGUAGCUCUCACGGAAAGAGCUCGACUGUUGUGUAUUUGUAAAGAGGAGUAUUUAAUGAUCGCAGUGUAUAAUAAAUAUCAUAGAGCGAA